UCUUCGGACGAUUGGAUAUACCGCAAUGAUCCUCCUUCUAUACUUCCUCUCACUCCUCACCCUCGGAAGAUGCCUGGACCAGCUGCCCUCAAAACACGAGAUUGAAUCCUCCAUCAACCGGACGAUCGACGAGGUAGAGCGUCUGAUCAAAUCAGACCAAAACCUCCCCCGGCUCUCCCGCAGCCAAAUAGUCGAAAUCCUCCAGAACAUCACAUCCAAGGACAUGGAGAACUACGAAGAGUCCAUCGAGCAGAUGCGCUCCGACUAUCAACGAGCCCUAAUGGUCGUCCUGCCUUACAACUCCAAAGACUCAGCAGGUGAGGACCUCCAGGAUUUGUACACAAAACCGCCAAUGGUUCAGGUAAUCCCAGAUUCCGAAAUAAUGUUGCCAUUUGCAUCGAUCCAAGAGGAACCACUCCCCUCCACCAGAAGCAAUAUCAAUCUGAUUAGUCCCAAGGGGCCGGAAGACUCGAAGAAUCAGGUGUCCGCGUCGUCCCAUGAACACAAGAACCACCGGAACUCGUAUUCGGACGUCAAAGCAGAUGACAAUCCAGAGAAAUUCACAUUGAACCAAAAUAAUCUCUUGAAGAGGAACAAUCAGAAGACUUUUACGACCCAGAAAUCGCAGCUGGAAGUGACGUACAGCACCAGCUCCACCGAAAGAUCAACAACUCCUUCAGAAGAUUAUGUCUCCUCAACGAUCCCAACGACUCGCUCGACCAAUAUCUUGACAUCCGAUCAAUGGAGGUAUAACGCACCUCCAUCCACCACGCCUAGACCUAGAACCGGUGCCCCGCAGCGAACAACAGCCCCUGCAACAGCAUCACCGACCAAGAAACCUGUGAAGACUCCUGCUAAAAGCAAGCCCUUCCUUCCAACCGUGAUAUCAGCUUUCCCGACACUAGGCACCUUCGCAAAACCCGCAUUGAAAACAACAGCAGUCCCUGAAGUAGUGACCUUCAACAUGGCCGACAUGGAGAUGAUGAAUGACGCACCUACAGCUCCUUUGUACGUCACCCCCUUGAGUUCUUCCCCUUCGCAGGGAGCAGCUGCUCAAGGACAGACAACACCGAUGAGAAAGGAAGUCGCUAAUCUGCUUGCAGCUAUCGGUCUUCAGCCAAGUCAAUCCAAGAUCAAGACGGAAGAGGCUUUCGUUGGAUUGCCCCAGAGUGACAUUCUCGGCGAGGACUUUGCGAUCCCAGAAAACAACUUCAUUCCGAGCAAAACGGUCGGACUGACAUCAACCAUCUCAGAUGCACCAUCAAUUGUGCAUCAGAAUACCUUUGAUAACAGCCAAUCAGACCUGCAAAAGGGUGUCAGCAAUCUCUCCCCAGAGCUGCAGUCGUUGUUUCUAAGGUUUGGGCUGCCUGUGUCAGGAAAAGAACCGGACAACGUGUCGGCAACUAGAAAGCCAGAGCCAGAAAUCAGGCGUCCGACUACUGUUGACUCUUGGAAGGCGUUCAGACCUCUACCGACUUCUGAGAUCAAGGACGAAGAAAUGAGAAGCUUUUUGGCUACAUUUGGACUUGGUGAGGUUCGUGAAAAGAAGGCUAUGAAGACCACGACUGAAGCACCUUCUGUGAUAGAAGCUGUUCCUGAUAACAUGAAGAGCAUCUUGGAGAAUAUCGGGUUGAUCACGAGGUCGAGGGCUUCAGGGGAGAUGGAGCUGCAGGGGACGACGGGGAAGCCCCUGCAUGUUUUCAAGCCGCACGAGGUACAGAUCGAUGAUGAGACGCAGAAGAACAAGAUUAAUGAGCUGUUGGAUACAGUCAAACUUGUGCAGGAGGGAAAGGCUGGAGUUGAUGAUGUCCGUAAUGCCGCAAAUCGACUUAUGAAAAGUACGAAGAUUCUUCAGGGUGGACCGGAUUCAGUUAGCCUCGAGGAGAUCCUUCAGAUGUAUAAUCAGGACUUGAGGAACGAGGUGAAGAGACAGGAGGACGAGGAUAACGAACAGGAUGAUCUGGGGGAUGUGGCGAUGAGUGAUUCAAGUGACAAUGAGAUGUCCGCAUCCGAGCCAUCCGAGAGUACAAUGGCCCCGAAUUCAACUUCUCCAGCGGACACUCCACCAGCUCCAGACUCCACUGGAGACUCUUCGGAUACUGCUGGUCGCGUGGUGAAUAGCACCCCGGCAACGCCGAAUUCUUCGUCAUCAACGGAGGGUCCAAGUCUCGAGGACCUCGCAAACUCCUUCGGUGGUACCACAGCAGCACCAGAUCCCGUUUUACCAACACCCAGGCGAUCAGGGUUGUAUUUCCUUGUCGAUUGGAACACCUUCUUAGAGGUCGGUGAGGAAGACAAGGAUAAAGUGAAUCUCAGAUUUUCGCCGAAUGCCGGGGAUAGAGCCAGAUUUAUUCCUGUAGUUGUGCCUUGAUUCAAGAGUCUAAGGAAGUGGUGAAACGUAACGCAACCGGUUUCAACGUUUGAACAUUAACGUAAUCACUUGGUUUUAAGAUUCAUGAACAAUUGAAAAAGUAGAAAUGAUGGGAAUUAAUAGAAAUAAUACUUUAUUGAAAGUUAUGCGACGUUGACGUAUGUUUUAAACAGAUAUUUUUUCUAUAAAAAACAUUGAUAAAAGUCGAUUUUUCUAAAAUAUUUAUAGUAUUGGGAUUGCUUCUAUAAAAUUCAUGCGUGUGAAAUUUUGUCAAGAGAAAAAAAAUAGAAUGAGAAAAAGUGGGAAAUCUUAUACCCAAGAAGUUUCUACGGAAAAACGCCCAAAAGAAUAAUUUAUUUAGAAAAAUCCAAAUCUAUCAACUCUUUUUUAAAGUUCCAUCACGUCCCAAAAAAAAAACAAAUGGAAUUUUUGCAGAAAUUCUGAUAGAACUCCAAUAGAAAAACAGGAAUUCAAUAGAAUUUCUUGGAGAAAAACAUCUCAAUUUUCCUCAUCCUUAACUACGUUUCACCACUCCAUUAAUGAGUUGAUUCCACAGCUGUCGCGGUCACCCAUUGAGUAAUAUUACAUGUAAUGGGGCAAGAAUGUCAGACAUAACGCAACCGCUGAUGGAUUAAUACCAUGGGUCACGCAGGAUUUAUUUGUUAUUUUUGCUCAACGCUGUAAUUAAAUGGAAGAAUAAAAAAAUCAAAGAUUAGGGAUUUCCUUUAGCCGUUAGAGUAUCGAAUGUAAUAUAUUAUUUAGUCUGGAAAGUGUGUAAUUUAACAGUUUAGAGCAUAAUAUGUAAAAUUAUUUAUAAUCACCUCUGGUGUAAUAGAACAUCACGCACGAAGAAAUUUCACAGAAAAACCUUGCGAAUUUUAUUUUCCUAUUCAAUUUAUUCUAUUAAGACAUUUUCUAAAGCAAUUCUUAGACAUAGAUUUACCAAGUUUUUUCCAUUUAAUUUUU